AUGUCAUCCAACGGUUUCAAAGAAGUUAGUGAAAACUUGAGCCAUCGCAACAUCCAACAAAACCCAUAUGGACCCAAUCCUGCUGAUUUUUUAUCAAAUGUUGGAAAUUUUCAACUCAUUGAAAGUACAUUGAGAGAAGGUGAACAAUUUGCCAAUGCGUUCUUUUCAACGGAGACCAAGAUUGAAAUAGCCAAAGCUUUGGACGAUUUUGGAGUUGACUAUAUCGAGUUGACCUCGCCAGUUGCUUCCGAGCAGAGUAGAAGGGACUGUGAAGCUAUUUGUAAAUUGGGAUUGAAAGCCAAAAUAUUGACCCAUAUUAGAUGCCACAUGGAUGAUGCCAGAGUUGCCGUGGAGACUGGUGUUGAUGGUGUUGAUGUUGUCAUUGGAACUUCGCAGUUUUUGAGACAGUAUAGUCAUGGUAAAGAUAUGAACUAUAUUGCUCAAAGUGCUAUUGAAGUUAUUGAGUUUGUUAAAUCAAAGGGUAUUGAAAUCAGAUUUUCCAGUGAAGAUAGUUUUAGAUCUGAUUUGGUUGAUUUGUUGAACAUUUAUCGUACUGUGGACAAGAUUGGUGUCAAUAGAGUUGGUAUUGCUGAUACUGUUGGUUGUGCCAACCCUAGACAAGUUUACGAAUUGGUGCGUACUUUGAAAUCAGUGGUUAAUUGUGAUAUUGAAUGCCAUUUCCAUAAUGAUACUGGAUGUGCUAUUGCUAAUGCAUACACUGCUUUGGAAGGUGGUGCCAAAUUGAUUGAUGUUUCCGUCUUGGGAAUUGGUGAACGUAAUGGUAUAACACCAUUGGGCGGAUUAAUGGCAAGGAUGAUUGCUGCUGAUCGUGAUUAUGUCUUGUCCAAGUACAAAGUCCACAAGAUUAGAGACUUGGAGAAUUUGGUUGCCGAAGCUGUGCAAGUGAAUAUCCCAUUCAAUAACCCAAUCACCGGGUUCUGUGCAUUCACACACAAAGCAGGUAUUCAUGCCAAGGCAAUCUUGGCCAAUCCUUCUACGUAUGAAAUCUUAAGUCCAAGUGAUUUUGGUUUGACAAGGUAUAUCCAUUUUGCCAACAGAUUGACUGGAUGGAAUGCAAUUAAAUCCAGAGUUGACCAAUUGAAUUUGCAUUUGACUGAUGCCCAGUGUAAAGAAGUUACUGAAAAGAUUAAGAAAUUGGGUGAUGUUAGACAAUUAAACAUUGAUGAUGUGGAUUCAAUUAUCAAAGAUUUCCAUUCGGACUUGUCGACUCCGUUGGUGAAACCAACAAGCAAAGGACUACCAAAAGUUCCCCAUGUAUUGGAAGGGUUAGAAGAGUCGGAUGAAAAAAGAACAAAGACAGAAUAA